UUGUGGGAUGGCAGAGCGGAGGCGGCGGCGGGGGAUCUGAUGGCGGCGGUGGCCGCUCAGCAGCUCCAUUGGAGGCGCGUGUCCUCCUCCACCGGCCCGGUGCCCCGCUCCCGCCACGGACACCGCGCUGUGGCCAUCAGGGAACUCAUGAUUAUAUUUGGGGGCGGGAACGAGGGCAUCGCCGAGGAGCUGCACGUUUACAACACGGUGACAAACCAGUGGUUUUUGCCAGCUGUAAGAGGUGAUAUUCCCCCGGGUAGUGCUGCUCAUGGAUUUGUUUGUGAUGGAACCAGAAUCUUGGUGUUUGGAGGAAUGGUGGAAUAUGGAAGAUACAGCAAUGAACUGUAUGAAUUACAGGCAAGCCGCUGGCUCUGGAAAAAGCUAAAGCCUCAGGCUCCAUCCAAUGGAUCCCCACCCUGUCCUCGGCUCGGUCACAGCCUUUCUCUCCACGGCAAUAAAUGUUACUUGUUUGGUGGUCUUGCUAAUGAAAGUGAAGAUACCAACAAUAAUAUCCCCAGGUACCUUAAUGAUUUUUACGAGCUCGAGUUAUGUCCAGGAACUGGGGUUGUUGGUUGGAAUCUUCCACUGAUGAAGGGGACACUGCCAUCUCCGAGAGAGUCCCAUUCUGCAGUCGUGUAUAGCAGAAAAGAUACAAGGAAACCAAAACUCUAUAUCUUUGGAGGAAUGUCUGGGAGUCGAUUAGAUGACCUUUGGGAGCUUGACAUCGAGACAAUGACAUGGACAAGUUCAGAAGUUAAAGGUCCAGUACCUUUGCCUCGAAGUCUUCACACAGCCAAUGUUAUAGGAAAUAAAAUGUAUGUGUUUGGUGGCUGGACUCCACACACCACACAGAGUGACCUCUCACCUCAAGAUAGCCAGUGGAAGUGCACAAACUCCUUUUCAUACCUUGAUUUAGACACGCAUGAGUGGACUACAUUAUCGCCAGAUUAUGCUGAAGACAAGAAGAACUGGCCAAGACCUAGAGCUGGACAUUGUGCUGUGACAAUUGGAAAACGCCUCUACAUCUGGAGUGGAAGGGAUGGGUAUAAGAAGGCUUGGAAUUAUCAAGUUUGCUGUAAAGAUCUGUGGUAUAUCGACACAGAGAAGCCUCCAACUCCUUCUCAAGUUCAGCUGGUCCGUGCCACCACAAACUCGUUUCAUGUUAAAUGGAAUGAGAUUCCAACAGUUGAAGGAUACCUUUUGCAGUUAAAUCCCGAGGCUGCGACUUUAGCUGCUACAGGAACGCCUGCUCCCAUCAGUGAAAUAUCUGCACUUCACUCUCAAGGCAGCAUAUCGCCUGCUGAACAUCCUUCCCCAUUACAUGUGCUUCAAGGCCAUGACAGUCAUGUUUUUCCUGGACUCGGAGUGGAUAUUUGUGACCCAAAUAGCCAGAACAACCUUGCUGUUCCGAAUUCAUCAGAUGCAAUUGCAGACCAAGUUAUUGUAGACACAAAAGUAACGACUGAGAAACAAGCACCGUCUGGUGGAGCCGUGGAAAAUGGCAAGUUGCAAGAGUCGGUUGAGACCAAAUCAGUCGUUGCUGCUACCACCGAAAAAUGCACUUCACAAUCAAAGAACACCGUUCCUAAUUUGCCAAUCAGUAAUCCAAGUAAACCAACCGCGAUGGUGAAAAACGGGCAGAAACUAUGGUGUGAUGUUGGGAUCUUUCAAACAAAUAGUGCUGUUGUCACUCACUUCUUUUUGCUGUCAGAUGGCAAACAGGGUGCUUCAAGCAAGAUUGGUGACCCAGAUAUAACUGACUGCACACUAUUAAAAAAACACGAAUUACUGCCGGGAAGCAGUUAUCGAUUCAGAGUGGCAGCAAUCAAUGGCCUUGGAAUAGGACCUUUCAGUAAAAUCGGUGAAUUUAAGACUUGCAUACCUGGCUUUCCUGGAGCUCCUUCCUCCGUCAAAAUAACAAAGACGGCAGAUUGUAUCCAUAUAUCCUGGGAGACUCCUUCCUCGCCCACUGGGAAUAUUUUAGAAUAUUCUGCUUACUUAGCCAUACGCACAGCACAGCUUCCAGAGGCCCUGAAUCAGCUUGUCUUCAUGAAGAUUUACUGUGGCCUCCAAACAUCUUGUACUGUAACAGCCGCGCAGCUAGCAAACGCUCAUGUCGAUUGCACCUCCAGGCCUGCUGUUGUGUUCCGGAUUUCUGCAAAGAAUGAAAAAGGCUACGGACCAGCUACACAAGUUAGAUGGUUACAAGAUUCAUCCAAAAAUAAAAAGGAAAUGAAGAAUACAGAGAAACAGUAUGUGCCAACAUCACAAAGAGAAAACAUGAAGUUCAAAUUGGAGAGCCCAUGACAAGAAGAGAGAUCCUGGAAUCUAACAGAUGUUUUCCAAACCGCAAGGAAUCCUUUCCCCACUCUGGAAAUGGAGUUCUAUGUUUCACUUUUUUGUAAUUUUUUUUUUCUUUUUUUUAAAUUUCAAAAUGUUUAUUUUUACAUUAUGCUUGUUAUAAGUCUUAUUGAAUUGAUAUACGUAUAUAAAUGACUAUAUAUCUUUUUUUUUUUUUUGUUAAAAUAUAAUCAUGCGUAAUGUACUCAGGUGGGAUUACAUGGUGCAGUUUCUGUUUAUAAGAAGCUGAAUUUUUGCUUCCCUCUUUUUAUUUAUUUAAAAAACAAAACAAAAAAACAAAAACACCACCUACCUGUACUUGUGAGUAUUUGGUUUUAAGCAAUAAUGUGGUGCAAAGGGAACAGAGGGAUUUUAAAAUAGUGCAAUAUUAAGACAAGUAGCACUUCCCAAUAUUAAGGGGUAUCGUGCCAGUCUUUCAUGAUGAGAUUAUUGGGGUAUAAUAAAAUAGAGUAUCACCUAAACUAUUUUCUUUGUAUACUUUUAUACAAAAAAUAAUCUAUAAAGCAAAGCACUUUUAAAAGAGCCAUUUUUUUUUAGACAUAGAAAAAAAAGAAACCCCUUAAUGUAAUAUGCGGAGACGAGGAGUGUACUUAUACAAAGCUAGAAAUCUCAAGCUGAACCAGUCGGGAAAAUAUAUAGCUUGCAACAUGCCAAGUUAGUUCCAUUCAUUGAGCCAUAUUGCUUUAGUUAUGCUAGUAUGUGUAUAGUCAGCAUGCUUAUUUAUUAUAUUUUUUGAUAUCUUAUUGGAAGGAACUUGUAACAGAUAGGAAGGGUUUAAAGAAAAUAGUUACUUGUACAAAAUUAUACAUGUUUA